AUGGCCAAGUCGGGACGGAAACCUUCGCGAGAAGCCUACCUAGCUCUUUUGGGAGCGGCUGCCGAUUAUUCUACGGAGCGAUGUUUCACGGACACAGCUCCGAGCGCCAGUCAACUGAUCGGCGACUCAGAGGCGGGCUCUGACUUUCUGGAAGAGCAAGGCGAGACGGGGCUCGGCUGGCAGCUCGCAUGGUGUACAUGGCAGGACGCUCGGCUGGGAGACGUCGAUCUCGGUAUCGAGGGCCUAGACCUUCUCAUCAAGGCCGCCAACCCGCAUCCUCAACUUCUGCCAUCCCUCUUGCACUAUGCGCUCGACACCCCUUCUAUCGCUUCCAACCUGACGACCGAGACGUAUGGCGCCCUUUUGCGAGAACCCAUCAGGGCGGCCAACAUCGAUCACCUUACGUUGCUGCUGUACGAGAUCAGGGCCAGGGGGACUGAGCUUCCCGUCGGUCGUGCGGGUCAGAUCAUCUCGAUCGCAGCGGAACAUGGCCUCGUCAGGCUGUCACUCGAUCUGGCCAGGCACGAGGAGGGCGAGUAUGGAAGCGAUCUCGAGACGCAAGUCUGGGUGGACAUUUUGAGAACGAGUGCGGAUCGCUACUUUAUCGACGGUGUCGAGGCUGCAUGGGACAGGGUCGUUCGAACUGGUGAAUUCGAUCCGGACGAGGGUCUCUGUACCAUCGUGAUCGGCGUCGCCGGGCGACACAAUCGACCCGACCUCGCCACGAGCGUGAUGGAGAACCUGGGUCGGCAGGGGAUCGUGCCGAAAGAGUACCACUUCCCGCCACUACUCGAGGCGCUCUGUGGGAGCGGUCGGGUCUCGGAUGCGAUGGAGGUUUUGACGGCCAUGAGGAGCAGUGGAUUCCACGCCGACCUCGUCGCGGCCGAGCCGAUCGUGGGCGCGUUGAGCAAGUCGGCGGACGACGUGGACAAGGGGUUCUACGGGUUACAAGCUUUGCGUACGACGGGCAAGCAGGUCGAUGUUGCCGCGUUCAACGCCGUGUUGAAGGCCGCCGAGACGUUGGGAGACGCGAACCGAGCGAUGGUCAUUUACCGUCAAGCUGAAGGUCUCGGCGUCGUCCCGAAUCUCGAGACGUACCACGUCUUGCUAUCUGCUUGCGCCUCGGCUGGGGCGGUCCCGCAAGCCGAGUACCUGCUCGGUGACAUGGAAAAGCGUGGGGACGGGGUGGCGGACGGGGUGACGACGACGUCGUUGAGUUCGUCCUUCGAUGCGACGACCUAUGCGCUCCUGGUCGACCUCUACCUGACGGGGAGCGACUAUGAAAAGGCGUUCGAGUACCUCGAGGUGAUGAAGGCCAAGGGGAUCCGACCUCCCUUGUCGGUCUACGAGGGUCUGGUGAAAAAGUGCGUGGCCGAGGCGGACUCGCGGAGUCAGCCGUUGUUGCAAGAGAUGCAGGCUGGGCAGUACAAGCCGAGCGCGACGUUGAUCGAGUAUGUCAGACGGGUGGCUGGAGCGGGAUCCAGAAGGCCGGAAGGAGAAGAGGGAGGUGGGCAUGAGAAGAAGCCGAGACGAAUCGAACCGUCAUCGGGUUCGAGGAGGUUUUCACGGAUGUUUCUCAGUAGUAGCGAGUCCUCAGCGAAGGGGGAGGCUAGGAAGGCACAGAAGUCGACCGAAGGGUCAGCCGAGUAG